AUGAAUAAACAACUUACGACCUUGACUUCUGGAAUAAGCAGCUCUGCUGAAUGUAUUGAGGAUCUGAAUGAGAAAAAAUCUGCAGCUGAACCGGAACAGAUAUCUCAAGAAUUGAAGGAGACUAAACAAGGAAAGGAGAAAGCACAGAUGGAAAGUACCAACCAGAAGCCCACACAUGUGGAUUAUAAACAAGAAGACCCUUGGAUUACAUGGAUUACAAAUCUGCAAAAGAUGCGAAAGAUGAAGGAGGAGGCCCUGGAGUACUUGGAAUUCAAGAACUUAAAAGAAAGAAGAAAUAUGAUGGGGGCCUCCAUUCUGAAUAUGAAGGACUGGUGGAACUUUUGCAGCAGUUGUCUCUAA